AUGUGUGGAUGCCGAGACGCAGACGCCAAGCUGCAUGAGAUCAUCAAACAAGCGUUCUCAUCAGACGCUACCACAGCAAAACCGCUAUCAUCACCAGAAGAAACUCAAGCUCUAACCAGACUUGAAUCUACUACCGCCUUGAAGAACGGCAGGUACGAGGUCGAGAAGGUCCGGCUUGUAUGGGACGCAGCCGCCCAAUCCGGCGGCAAGGCCCUGAAUGACUACAUCUGGAGUGGUCCAGAUCUCCUAAACUCCCUGUUUGACCUCUUACUCUCAUUCCGAGUGGGACGAGUGGCGAUCUGUGGCGAUAUCGCCGAGAUGUUCCACCAGAUCCGAGUAAGACCAGCAGACACCCAUGCGCAAAGGUUUCUGUGGUUCGACAGCAAAUCCGAGAGGCAAGAGCCUAACGUCUAUGUUAUGGAACUGCUUACUUUCGGAAUCAAUUGCGCACCCUGCAUUGCACACUUUAUUCGUGACAAAAAUGCAGAUCGAUUCUGCCAACAGUACCCUCAAGCAGCACAAGCCAUGAAGGACUACCACUACGUGGAUGAUUUUAUAUACAGCGGCGACAACUACGUGGAAGUCGGAAACAUCGCAACCCAAGUUAGAGACAUCCAUGCAACAGGUGGUUUCCACAUACGCAAUUGGUCUUCGAACUCAAAGGAGGUCCUACGAAUACUAAAGAGCGAUUCGCUACUCCCCGAAGCUGUCGAAAUUACCGCAACAGAAAAGUUCGUCAGGCUGAAGCGCAACGUUUUAGACAGCGACAAAACACCAACCAAACGCGAGCUCUUGCAAGUACUUAUGUCAAUGUACGACCCACUCGGCUUCAUCUCAUGCUUUACAAUAGAGCUGAAAAUCCUACUGCAAGAAGUCUGGAGAAGCGGCAUUGGCUGGGAUACUGGUUUGCCCGACGCAUUGUUACCCAAAUGGAUACGAUGGAAACAGAUCCUUACAACGAUCGCCGGAUUGACCAUCCCGAGAUGUUAUUUCAACAGCAGCGAUCAAAUCCAUGAUGUCCAGUUACACACGUUCGUUGACGCCAGCGAAUUGGCAUACGCAGCAGUCUACUACCUUCGGAUACGCCAGGGGGAAAGAACCUACCUCAGCUUCGUGGCCUCCAAGGCGAAAGUGGCACCGUUGAGUCCACUAUCUAUACCAAGGAUGGAACUGCAGGCCGCAGUUAUCGGAGCAAAGCUGAGUAACCGAAUCCAACGCAAUCCAAGUUUGUCAAUUAACUCUAGUUGUUAUUGGUCCGACUCAAAGACUGUUCUCAAAUGGCUUCGUAUGGAUCUACGAAAGUUUCAGCAAUUCGUCAUGCACCGCGUGGGCGAAAUACUGGAAUUCACAAACGUUAGCCAAUGGAACUGGGUUCCAACCAACCUUAACCCUGCAGAUCUUGCUACUAAAACAAACAACGCCAAUAAAUAUAAAACUUGGCUACACGGUCCAGACUAUUUGCUGCAGAAUCAACACGAGUGGCCAAAAUGCGAUGAUUUGGGGCCACCAAACAAUGCUGAAGUCAGGCAUAACAUACUCUUCAUCGACAAUUCGCCGAUGGAGCUAAAACUUAACGCGGAAUAUUUUUCCGACUGGCGCAGGCUAUAUCGAGCUUUAGCGCGCUUUAUUCUCUACAUUGAGAAACUCAAAGCGAAACAAAAGAAGGCAUCGCCACCUACAGAGGUGUCUUACGAGAUGAUUCAGCAGGCACGCACACUCCUACUGCGGCAUGCGCAGUCAUCUGAAUUCAACCCAGAAAUUCGCAACUUAACGAGAGGUGAAAACCAGCUCCUACGUACCCGAGGGCGAGCAGAAAACCUAAACGGCCAAAACCAAAUACUGCUCCCAUAUGGGCACCACAUUACUCGGCUCAUAGUGAACUGGUAUCAUCAGAAAAUGCACCACACAUCCCAUGAGACGUAUAUUAACAGGAUUCGAGGCAUGUUUUACAUACCACGUCUACGAGUCUUAUACAAAGGCAUGCGGAAGUCUUGCCAACGCUGUAAAAAUGAGAGCGCCAUGCCUGUUCCACCGCAAAUGGCUCCCUUGCCCAUCGCCAGGCUGGCUGCCUACCAACGUCCCUUCACUUACGUCGGUAUCGACUACUUCGGGCCCUUCUUGGUUGCUGUAGGACGGCGAAGCGAAAAAAGAUGA